UAAAGGUUGUUCAAAUAAACUGUGUGACGUCACAAAACGCAAUGGCAGCUAGUGGUACAUCCGUGACGGUCCUAACUCCGAAUGGAAGAAGGCAGACAGUUAAAGUGUCCCCAAAUACACCGUUAUUACAGGUGUUGGAGGAGGUCUGCAAGAAGCAUGGAUUCAAUCCCGAUAAUCACGGUUUGAAGUUUCAAAGGACUGUUCUCGACCUGACGCAGCAGUGGAGGUUUGCCAACCUGCCCAACAACGCAAAGCUAGAAGUGGUGCCAAGUAUAAGGACACAGACUGUAUCUGAUAGCCAGGUGCGGAUUGCGCUGCAGAUGGAAGAUGGCUCUCGUCUCCAGGGUGCCUUUUCGUGUGAGAAGAGUCUUUGGGAACUCCUGACACAUUUUCCUCAGAUCAGGGUGUCGGAGCUGUCAGAAUCUGGGUCCACUCCUGUGUGUGUUUACAUGAGAGAUGAGGUGUGUGGGGAAGAGGCCCUCAAGAAGGCCACUCUCAAGUCAUUAGGCCUUACGGGAGGAAGUGCCAUUGUCAGGUUUUUACUGAAAAGGGACAGAGUACCAGAAGAUUGCAUGGACACAACUGAAGUCGUCAUUGUGCCAGUCCCCCCUGCUGUCACUGAAACCCAAAGCUCAGCCUGCCAGCUUGACCCUAUUCCUUCUCAUUCUGAAACUUCAAUAUCACAAGAGAUGGCCAAAAACUCUAACCCUGCUCAGUUAAUCGAAACGGUCACGGUGCGCACUCCUGUUUCUUCCACUCGUACCCUUCGUGUCCAACAGGAAAAAAUCAGGGAUACAAAUCAACCAAAGGCUCCUCUUGAAGUAAGACAAAUGUUAGAAGACUGUGGUGAGGAGGCAGGGCCUUCAGGAGUCAACUCCCACUCAUCAUCAUCAUCAUCAUCAUCAUGUACUUCUGGUCCCGUGGUGCCAUUCAUUCCUUUUACUGGAGGGGGUCAGCGCCUUGGUGGUCCUAACGGAAGUGCAUUUGGACACGUGCUUUCCUCAUCUUUAUCGUCUUCAUCGCUGUCAGCGUCUGCCGUAGAAUCACCCAAAGCCAAGAAAGCCAAGCCUUCCCAUCAUUCUGCCACCAAGCAUCAAGCCACUGCCAAAAAGUCAGAUGGGAUUAUGGAUGGAGCAGAAAAGUUCUUGGCGCCUGUCGAGAGAGAGCCUCUCAUCUACCACCUUGAGCGUGUGUGCCAUCGCUCUGAAGAUGACGUGGAGUUGCCAGAUGAGUUUUUUGAAGUGACUGUGGAUGAUGUUCGCAAGCGUUUUGCUCAGCUAAAGAGCGAGAGGGAGUUGUUGGAGGAGACACCGCUGAUGACUAGAUCUCUUAGAGAAACACAGAUGAAGGAGAAGAUAGACAAAUACCCCAAAGUUGUGCUAAGGAUCCAGUUUCCAGAUCGACAUGUUCUACAGGGCUUCUUCAGGCCCCUCGAGACAGUUGGGGCUUUAACGGAUUUUGUAAGGAGCCAUUUGGAGGAUCCGCUGCUCAGUUUCUACCUCUUUAUCACACCCCCCAAAAAAAUUCUGGAUGAUCCUGCUGUCACACUUUUUCAGGCUGACCUGUUUCCGGGUGCCCUGGUAUACCUCGGCUCUGACGUGAAGACAGAAUUGUACUUAAAGAGGAAACUCCUCGAAUCUUCUGUGUCUGCUUUGCAAGCAAACGAAUCCAUUGCAAGCUGCAUGUUCCAGUCAGCAAAGCAUUCGCCCAGCUCUUUGGACACUCAAGAACUCCUGCCUCCUCCAGAGCCAACUGCAGACACCGGCGCAUCCACGCAGGACGAUGAAAAGCAGCAGUCAACAAACACACAGGCUGCUAAGCCUAGCAGAUCGGACGUUGGCAAGGUGCCCAAGUGGCUCAAGCUUCCAGGUAAGAAAUAAGGCUGUGUUUGAGGGUGAGAAGUGCAACCAAGCCAGAUGUUGGACACUAGCUGCCUUACACAGCCAAUAUAAGCACUUCGACCUCAGCUUUGAGUGCCGCACACUAAAUUCCACUUGGGAUGAUGCCUGUCACUUUAAACUGUGUGAGGUAAUGUGUUGGAGUGAAGAAUUCAUAUUUGAUGAAAAAACCGAUUUGAUUUCAUCAUGGUUGAUGUGUGUGACGAAAAAGUGCUGAAUGUGUUUUAUUCAAGACAGCUGAAGAAUAGUUAAAUAAUAAAUGAUGCAGUUUGAACAAUA